CUGCGGCGGUCUGCGCAGGCGCGUCGCGCGGGCGGGAAGAUGGCGGCCGGGUUCAAGACUGUGGAACCUCUGGAGUAUUACAGGAGAUUUCUUAAAGAAAACUGUCGUCCAGAUGGAAGAGAACUCGGCGAAUUUCGAACCACUACUGUCAACAUAGGUUCAAUUUCUACAGCAGAUGGUUCUGCUUUAGUCAAGCUGGGAAAUACGACAGUAAUUUGUGGAGUUAAAGCGGAAUUUGCAGCACCACCAACGGAUGCCCCUGAUAAAGGAUAUGUUGUACCUAACGUGGAUCUACCACCUCUGUGUUCAUCGCGAUUUCGGGCUGGACCUCCAGGAGAAGAGGCCCAAGUGGCUAGCCAGUUCAUUGCGGAUGUCAUUGAAAAUUCACAGAUAAUUCAGAAAGAAGACUUGUGCAUUUCUCCGGGAAAGCUUGCUUGGGUUCUAUACUGUGAUCUCAUCUGCCUCGACUAUGAUGGGAACAUUUUGGAUGCCUGUACAUUUGCCUUGUUAACGGCUCUAAAAAAUGUACAGCUGCCUGAAGUCACUAUAAAUGAAGAAACUGCUUUAGCACAAGUUAAUUUAAAGAAGAAAAGUUAUUUGAAUAUUAGAACACAUCCAGUUGCAACUUCCUUUGCUGUGUUUGAUGACACUUUGCUAAUAGUUGAUCCUACUGGAGAAGAAGAACGUCUGGCAACAGGAACUUUAACAGUAGUAAUGGACGAGGAAAGCAGGCUCUGUUGUCUUCACAAACCAGGUGGAAGUGGGCUGACUGGUGCUAAACUUCAGGACUGUAUGAGUCGUGCUGUUACAAGACACAAAGAAGUAAAAAAAUUAAUGGAUGAAGUAAUUAAGAGUAUAAAACCCAAAUAAACAGCCACCACAGUUUCAAAAGAUUUGUAAAAACUGUAUUUGUUAUUCUGUCUACAAACUUUUAUACUAAAUAAAUACCAAACUACA